AUGCGUAAGAAAAAGAAACUAAGGCACGCAAAGCAGUGGAGGAGACUAAGCUCGGUAGCCAACGGCUAUAAAUACCUCACCACCUUGUUCGCACCAUCCAAAGAAACACAGAGUUCCAGCAGAGACGUGAAACCCCAGAGUGCUCCCACCAUGGCUGCCAUGUGGUCUCGGAUCAUCGGUCUCCUCCUCCUGCUCCCACUCGGGCCCUCCUCCGCCAUCAAGUUCCCGCUCAUAGGCAACGUCUACCCUGAUGGCCACUUCUAUGCUACGUUGCAGAUUGGUCACCCCUUGAAGCCCUACUUCCUGGACAUCGACACUGGCAGCAACCUCACUUGGCUGGAGUGUGACCUCCCACAUCAGCGCUGCAAGGGCUGCCACCCGAGGCCAGCACACCCACAUUACAAGCCAGCAGCUCAUAACUUGAUGGUGAGAUGUCACAGCUGGAUAUGUGCUGAGCUACGCAAAGACCUGCCUGGUAGCCCUAAAUGCCCCAAGAACGAUCCAGAUCGAUGCCACUACGACAUCCAGUAUGUCUCCGGGAAGUCAAAAGGUGUCCUUGUCAACGACAUGAUGUUUAUCAAUGGGAGAGAUGAUAAAAACUGCUUUUUCGGAUGUGGAUACGAGCAGGAGGAACCAGUAGAUCAGCCAUCGCCGCCGCCUGUAGAUGGCAUCCUUGGACUUGGAAGGGGAAAUGUAGGAUUUGUCGCGCAACUCAAGGUGCAUAACAAGAUAACCAAGAAUGUCAUUGGACAUUGCCUCAGCAUCCAUGGAAAUGGGAACCUAUACAUUGGGGACUUCAGGCUGCCCGAUGGCCACAUCACCUGGGUACCCAUGAGUAGAUCAUUGCCUUACUACUCACCUGGCCCAGCAACACUGCUCUAUGACAAACAUCCGAUAAGAGAUAAUCCAGCAUUUAAUGUAGUAUUUGACAGUGGCUCCACCUACACUUACAUGCCUGGCCAGAUAUACCAUGACCUUCUUUCAAAGGUUCAAGAGACUCUCCGAAAAUCACCACUUAAAAAGGUUUAUGAUCCUGCUCUGCCUCAAUGCUGGAAAGGAAUAAUGCCAUUCAGAUCUGUCGACAAUGUGAAGAAUGAAUUCAAGGCACUGUCGCUAAAAAUUACCCAUGCCCAUGUCACCAGCAACUUCAAUAUCCCCCCUGAAAACUACCUCAUCGUGACGAAAUACGGGAAUGUGUGCUUGGGCAUCCUUGAUGGCUCAUCGCAUCCUCUUCUGAAGCAUCUCAUCUUAAUUGGAGAUGUUACGAUGCAGGAUCUGUUUGUGAUAUAUGACAACGACAAAAACCGCCUCGGAUGGAUCAAUGCACAGUGCAACGCGAUGCAUGACCUUGAGUCUGUCAUGGAUUCACGUCUCUGA